AAUCGUGUUUCGUUGUGUUGGCUUUGAAUACAUCUCGUUAAAGGACCGACAUCGACGGAAGGAUCGCGCACACACCUCCAGCCCGGCUACAAGUCCAUGGUUUCAGAAUGCAAAAGAAGGUAGCGCCCGAGCGACGUCCCUUCUGCGAUCCUCGGCUGCAGGACGACAAGUUGCGGAGGAAACGUACGCUCCAUCUUCCCCGAGUUUCCCAGGCUCAAAAGAAGGGAGAGAAGCGCCAGCUGAACGAUUGCCCCUUCUUCAAUCUGCAAUAUGGCUUCGACCAGCUGCCCUUGGAUCCCGUCAAGGAGUUUCUGCAAGAGAAGAUUUCCCAUAUGCAGACCGACAAAAUUGUGGGUCGCUGUAACCGGGAGUUCGACUUCCACCACUACGAUCUGGAUAACGUGAAGGAGCAUUACGACGAGUGCGACGAUGACAGCCUGCAGGAGUUGCAGUUGGAGGACAUCGUCAUGCCGGAGCAGUUCGAAAUGCUGCGCGAUGCCAAGGAUCACACCUACAACUUUGAUUCCACGGCUUGUAAUCAAUUUCCCUGGAUUGACAAAUGGAUGACUGGCGUUCGGCCCAGUGAGCAGGAAAUCUACGAGAUGACCAGCCAGCUCCUGGACAUCUACUGCAACCGCAGAGUGCGAAUCUUCUAUCCGGGAUGUGGCACUAAGUCAUCUCUGUGGACAAACCAGCUGAGGCGCCAGCACGGAUCGCCCUCGGAGUUGAUUGGAGCCUAUCGAACGCCAACUGCCCGCCACAUGAGGGUUAACAAUAUGAAGGGACCUCCAAAGAAGGAAAAAUUCACAGCCGGCGAUCAUUAUGCAUUCCGAACGCCUCAAGAAUGCCGCAACGAACUAAUGAGGGUUGGCAAAAUAAUCGAUGAGCUUAUCGAACCCGUGCUGAAAGCUGCCGAAGACAAUAUUGGACAUGGGCGCACUAAGUAUCCCGAUGCGCCCACUUGUAAGGACAAAAGGAGCAUAGCCUUGAAGCCAACAGGCCUCAUUGAGGCUAAGAAAAAAAUAUGCUGUGUGGGGAAAAUUCGCAUCCACCGCAAAGAUUUUGCUACCAAUGAGGAGUUUCUACAUUGCCUGAAGAAAAUGGAAGCCACUCACUUUCCGUACAUGCAACCGUUGCAACCGGUGGAUCCCGAUGACCAGAAGAGGCUGAUGAUGACGAAGUAUCAAAAGCAGUUGGCAGCGGCCGAGAAGCUUUUCCCCCUCAAGAUGCAAAAGCGAUACCAGUGCCUGCUGAAAAGUAUGUCCAUAGUGCAACUGGCCACGUAUCCCUCGCACCUCAUACGAAGGGCCUUCAAAAAAAUUGACCCACGCAGCGCACUUCUUCAGGAUGCCUACCGAUUUAUACUCAAGGAGGAGAAAGAUUGGCCCAAACUGCCGCCAGAAGUUAUAUUAAUGGAUUAUCUGUUCGUGGGCGACCGCGGAGUGCGCCAGGACCUGGCCAUCCUUAUAAUCGUGUGCCUCAUCGAUCUGCAGGAGGACUUCCGCCACCAUGUCAAGCGCACCUUCCUCAACUACCUGCUCUCGUCUAAUAUGGAGCGAAGGCGUCUUCAGCUGGAAAGGGAACCCCCUCAGUUUCCCACCUUCACCAUUUACCCGCCGGUUCCCUGGAGAUCCAAUCUCUUGAGGGGCAAGGCUCGCAUUGGAGAGGUCCUGAUGACCACACAUCCCACUGUCCAGGCUUUGAAUAGGCUGUGGCAUGAUCUCUACGAGGAUCUGGUGGUUGUGGAUCUGGGGCAGUUGCUUCUUGCCCAAAGGCCGCUGGAUGCGGAUACUGUAGAGGUUUUCAUUAAGAAGAGCUGCGCUGACGUUCGGGAUUUACUUCUCAACGAUUGGCUGCCGCGUUGCGCUGACCUGAUGAACGAAAUGCGUGGCACUUGGAAGGACCUUGUGCCCAUGUCCGGAAAAUAUGGAGGACGGGCUGCCAUGCUCUUCCGCUGCAUCCACUCGGCGAUGUCCCGCCACCUGAACAGCCUCAUUAGCAAGAGCAUCAACUACCUGUUCAAGGUGCUGUGCGCCUUCAAGGAGGGCAACCGCAUCGACCAGUACUCCAUGUUCGAUGCCAAGCUCAAGAGGAUACCGCUAAUGACCCUGAUUGCCUCUGUGGUUGGGGCCCACUUCGAUCACGAGCCCAUUGACAUGGGUCCCGGGGUCAGACCGGCCUCGAAUAUAUAUGUCUACGACGAGGACGAUGCCGAUCCUUUCCAGCAACCGCAGGCUAACCAGUUUGUGGAAAACUUCCCCGACAUUGAUGAUGUGGCGCAGUUCGAACUGGAUCAUUCGAAUAAGCUCUAUAUAUACCCCUACAUGCAGGAGCUGCCUCGACUUUUCACAGAGCAUUUCAAGAGUAUCUUGGCAGUGGGCUACGAAAUUCCCCGUCUCGAGUUUGUCAUGUCUGGCGGCGAACCCGAGACACAAGGCUUUUUGCAUUAUAUAGACGAAGACCACUGCGAUUUCCUGGAACUCUGCGAGAAAGUCGAGCAGAUCGUCAAGGUCAACUGGCGAGGAGUUCACGUCUACCUUAAACCCAUCUACAAGUACUACUUCGGUUUGUUCCAGAAGUUGAUAAUGCCCAUGGUGCAGAAGGUCUGGACCGAAAAUAUCCUGCCGGAGCUCGGGGUUGUCCAGGAGCUGCUGAAAAAACUGCAGGCCGUGAGCGAUACGACCUAUUAUCUGCGCGAUUUCAUUCCGCUCAACCUGUUCAUGUUGGAUAAUCGGCACGUGAAGCUAUCGCUGCGGAUGUAUGUGCGCGAAAUCUACGAUUUCAUAAUUGAUUUUUACAAAGCCCUCAAUUGGAACGAGAAUCGGGCCAUCUGCGAGGAGCUGGAGGAGAUGUCGAUGAAGGCCGGCGAGCGACCGGAGGAAACGCCCGAGGUGGUGGCCCUGCAGAACUACAUCAACGAAUGCCGGGAGAUGCGCAUAUUUGCCAUCAAGGAUGAAAUCAAGAACGUGUUGAAGCGCGUCGUCUUCCUGCUGACACACACCUACCUGUCCAGCGAUGAACUCCACCUCAACUCGCGCACAUUCAUCCUGCCCGGCGAGCUGGAGGAGGUCCUGGAUCUGAGUGCCGCCCGGCUGGCGGUGGUGCGUGAUAAUCUGGAGCUGGCCUUGCGGGAGCGGCGCUUGGAGUUCGAGAAGCUGCUCGCCCAGGAGAAGCGGACGAUGGACGGCUUUCGCAUCCGGGAAAUCCGGGAUGUGCUCACGCUGGAGGAGCUCAAGGAGCGGGUGGACACGGUCGAUAUGCUCUUCACCACCAUCGAGAACCUCAGCCGAGAGGCAAAGGCCAUUAAUACUGAGGAGACCCUGCUCCAAAUCGACGUCUCCGCCUUCCCACUGCUGGCCGAGAUCAUCGAGAAAAUGGAGCCCAUCGAGAAGCUGUGGAAGACCUCGUACGAGUUCGAGAAGGAUUAUCUCAUUUGGAUGUUCGAGCGCUUCGAAUGCCUUAAUGCGGACGGCGUGCGGGAGCAAGUGGAGAAUAUGCACAAGAUAAUGUACAAGCUGUCCCGCCAGUUGGCCUACAAUCCGGUGGCCAAGAGAGCCGCCGAGCAAAUGCGCAUGAAGAUCGAGAAGUUCCGCGUUUACUUGCCCGUUCUGGACUCCAUUUGCAGGCAUGGAUUGGAGAAGCGGCAUUGGGAUCAGAUCUCAAAGAUCCUGGGUCGCAAGGUCAACCCGAAACUGUACCCCACCCUGAAGGACAUGAUCGACGUGGAUAUUAUGAGUAUCCUUCCGCAAUUAGAGGAGAUUGCGAAUGCCGCCGGCAAGGAGUACGAUCUGAAUAACGGACUGAGGAUCAUGCAGGCGGACUGGAAGGACGUGAUGUUCGAAGUGCUGCAGUACCGCGACUCGGACACGCACAUCCUGGCCAGCCUGGAUGAUAUUCAGACCUUGCUGGACGAUCAUAUCAUGCGCACUCAGGCCAUGAAGAGAUCGCCUUUUAUUACUGCCCUUGGUUCGAAGGCAGAUGAUUGGGAGUCCCGGCUUCUCUUGAUUCAAAACAUCAUCGAUGCCUGGACUCAAGUGCAGAUUACCUGGAUGUAUCUGGAACCGAUUUUUAGCAGCGAGGACAUUAUGCGACAAAUGCCGCUGGAGGGACGAAACUUCAAGGCGGUGGAUAAGUUGUGGCGCAAGAUCAUGAAGCACACUCUUAAAGAUCGACGUGUGAUGCAGGCCACCGAAUAUCCAGACAUGCUGGAAGUGUUCACCAAGGCCAUCGAGGAUCUGGAAACGGUGACCAAGGGCUUGAAUACCUAUUUGGAGCAGAAGCGCUUGUUCUUUGCUCGCUUCUUCUUUUUGUCCAACGAUGAGUUACUGGAGAUUCUAUCGGAGACAAAGGAUCCAAUGCGAGUGCAGCCCCACUUGAGAAAGUGUUUCGAGGGGAUUGGCAGUCUAACGUUCGACGACAACAUGGAGAUCAUCGAGAUGGUCAGCGAUGAAGAGGAGCGAGUGGCUUUGGUUCGCAAGAUAAAUCCGCAGCUGGCCAAUGGCCUGGUGGAGAUGUGGCUCAAGGAGGUCGAGAUGGUGAUGCUGGACAGCGUGAAGGAGCAGAUGCACGAAGCCUGGGAGGACUACGCGAUGGUGGAGCGCAUCGCCUGGGUGGUCAGCUGGCCCGGCCAGGUGGUGCAGGGCAUAUCCUGCAUGGCCUGGACCUACGAGGUGGAGGAGGCCAUCGAGACGAAGACGCUGCCGGCUUAUUUGGAGAAGUCCAAUCUGCAGAUUGCCGACCUGGUGCAAUUGGUGCGCACGGAUCUGCAGGCUGGAGUCCGGAUUGCCGUCGAGGCGCUGAUUGUCCUGGACGUACACGACCGCGAUGUGGUGAAAUACUUAGCAGAUUGCAGGGUCGCCAACAUCCAGGACUUCGAUUGGAUCUCCCAGCUGCGAUACUACUGGAAGGUCAACGAGAAAAACGAGGAUUGGGUGUGCGUUAGCAUGGUGGUCACAGAUGUGGAAUACGGCAUGGAAUACCUGGGCAAUCUGCCCCGACUGGUGGUGACUCCCCUCACCGAUCGUUGCUACCGCACACUGAUGGGCGCACUGAAGCUCUGCUUGGGAGGAGCACCCGAAGGACCUGCCGGCACGGGAAAGACCGAGACCUGCAAGGAUCUGGCCAAGGCGGUGGCCAAGAAGUGCGUCGUCUUCAACUGCUCCGACGGACUGGACUACAAGGCGCUGGGCAAGUUCUUCAAGGGCUUGGCACAAUCGGGCGCCUGGGCCUGCUUCGACGAGUUCAAUCGCAUCGAGCUGGAGGUGCUCUCCGUGGUGGCGCAACAGAUCCUGACCAUCCAGCGGGCCAUUGGACGCAAGGUUGUGAAAUUCUUUUUCGAGGACACGAUGCUCAAACUGGAUCCGACUUGUUCCAUAUUCAUAACCAUGAAUCCCGGCUACGCCGGACGAACGGAGCUGCCGGACAAUCUGAAGGUCCUCUUCCGCACGGUGGCCAUGAUGGUGCCGGACUACGCCAUGAUUGGCGAGAUCACCCUCUACUCCAACGGGUUCGACAUGGCCAGGAACCUCUCCCAGAAGAUUGUGCAGGCCUACAAGCUCUGCUCCGAGCAGCUGUCCUCGCAGUCCCAUUACGAUUACGGAAUGCGCGCCGUGAAGUCGGUCCUGUUGGCCUCCGCCUCGCUGCGACGGCUGUAUACUGACCUGCCGGAGCCGGAGAUUGUCCUGCGUGCCAUCGUCGAUGUCAAUUUGCCAAAAUUCCUGGAACAGGACAUCUCCCUCUUCAUUGGCAUCUACAUGGAUCUCUUCCCCGGCGUCGAGCUGCCCAUGCCGCAACGUGGCGACAUCCUCAAGUGGCUGCACAUCAACCUGGAGGAUCGGAAUCUGCAGGCGACGCCGUGGUAUUUGGAGAAAAUUCUGCAGAUAUACGAGAUGUUGCUCGUGCGACACGGCCUGAUGAUUGUGGGUGGUCCGAUGGGCGGAAAGACCACCGCCUACCAGAUUUUGGCCCAGACAUUGCGCAAUGUUGCCAACGACGAGGAGGCGACGCUGAAGGAGUUCCCGGUUGUGUUCCGCAUCAUCAACCCGAAGGGCAUCACCAUGGGCCAGCUCUACGGUCGUUUCGACCCGGUUUCCCACGAGUGGUAUGACGGGGUGUUGGCCAAAACCUUCAGGGAGCAGGUGCAAGGACCCAAGGGCGAACGAGCCUGGGUGAUGUUCGAUGGACCCGUGGACGCGGUGUGGAUCGAGAAUCUGAACACCGUGCUGGACGACAACAAGAAGCUCUGCCUGAUGUCCGGCGAAAUCAUGCAGAUGACCAAGCUGAUGAACAUGAUGUUCGAGCCAGCGGACUUGGAGCAGGCUUCCCCGGCCACCGUUUCCCGAUGCGGAAUGAUCUACAUGGAGCCAUCUCAGCUGGGAUGGAGAGCCCUCCACAAGAGCUUCACCAAUGUCCUGGUGAACAAGGUGGGCCUGAGUGAUAUCUACAUGACUCUGUUCGAGGACAUGACGGAGUGGCUGGUGCCGGCAGCCCUGGAAUUCCUUCCUCAGUGCAAACAAAUGCUGGAACUUUCUCCCAUUUACCAGUAUCAGACUUUCUCCAGGUUUUUCCUGCACUUUCUGGAGAAGCACAAGAACUUCAAUCAGGCUUGGUUCCAGCAAAUGUUCCUCUUCUGCUUUGCCUGGGCUUACUGCUCAGCCCUCACGGGUCAGGGUCAGAAGACUUUCGAUGCGUUGCUGAGGAAGGUUAUCUACGGUUCUAAUGACAACUAUCCGAAACCCAAGUACUUCUCCCUGAAUCGCGGUCAAAUGUUCCCCGAGAAGUUGCUCUUCCUCGACUACCGAUUCGAUGAGGCGGAGAACUGGUGGACCUGGCAGAAAAGCGAUGACAGUUCGGGAACCACUGCCACAUUCCCCGAAAAUGCUCAAAUCAGCGAACUGAUUGUGCCCACCAAGGAAACGGGUUAUAUAUCCUAUUGGCAGGAUUUCUGUAUUUCAAAAUCAUACGCCAUGUUGGUCGUCGGACCCACGGGCACGGGAAAAAGUGCAAUAAUAACGAGCAACAUUUUGGCCAUGCCCAAGUUCGCUAAUCUGGUUAACGUCAUCAACUUUUCGGCUCGAACCUCGGCUCAAAUGGUGCAGGAUACAAUCAUGAGCAAGUUGGACAGGCGGCGCAAAGGAGUUUAUGGACCUGCCCUCGGCAAAAAGUGCACUGUGUUCUGCGAUGAUGUGGCCAUGCCCUCGAAGGACACCUAUGGCUCCCAGGCUCCACUGGAGUUGCUCCGCACUUGGCUGGAUCACGGAUAUUGGUCGGACCUCGUGGACACCACCAAAAUCGAGCUGGUCGACAUGACUCUGAUAUGCGCCAUGGGCACUUUGGGUGGCAGUAACUUCAUUUUUCCGCGUCUCUAUCGCCACAUGUUCGUGGUGGCCGUCGAUUCCUUUGAGGACUCCACCAUCGUUCGAAUAUUCACAACGAUUGGUGAUUGGCAUUUUGCCAAGGGUUUCCCAGAAAAGGUGGCUCUGCUAUCCCGCGGCUUAUCGGAGGCCAUGGUCAGUGUGUACCGCGAGGCGAUUCGCAACUUCCUGCCCACGCCGGCCAAGUCGCACUACUCCUUCUCCCUGAGGGACAUCACCCGCGUCUUCCAGGGCAUCGUGAUGGUGCCCCCCAAAAGAAUGCCCGAUCCCGAGAAGCUCGGUCGCCUGUGGGCCCACGAAACCUAUCGCGUCUUUUACGACCGUUUGGUGGACCAGCGGGAUCGAGAUCGUCUGCUGCUGAUGGCCAUCGAUGCCUGCAAAACCAAUUUGCGAUUCCCCCUGGAGCAGGCUUUUGGCGAACGCAUCGAGCCCGGCGAGAAGCUCACCGACAACGAUCUCCGCAACCUCUUCUACGGCAACUACAUGGAACCGGAUGCCGAGCCCAAGUUCUACGAUGAGGGGGAAACCUACGAGAAGCUGGAAAAGCUGAUGAACUACUAUCUCAGGGAGUACAACUCCUUCUCGAGCACGCCCAUGGAUCUGGUCAUGUUCCGGUUCGCCAUCGAACAUGUGAGCAGAGUUUCCCGAGUGCUGCAGAUGCCGCGUGGCAACAUCCUGAUGGUGGGCAUGGGCGGAUCAGGACGUCGAAGUUCCUGUCGUCUGGCCGCCUAUAUAGCCGACUGUCGAUUGAUGACGGUUCAGGUUUCCAAGAGCUACACCAUCAUGGAUUGGCGCGACGACCUGAAAAAGAUUCUGAUGUCGGCCAGCUUCAAUCUGAACCACACCGUGUUCCUCUUCUCCGACGCACAGGCAACGGAUGAGGGCUACGUGGAGGAUAUCAAUGGCAUACUUAAUACCGGUGAUUUGCCCAAUCUCUAUCAGCUGGAGGACAAGGCAACCAUCAUGGAGAACAUGGCGAAUGUGGCUAAGCAAUUGGGUAAAGUUCUGGACACGCUGCCCAGUGAGGUUUAUGCAUUUUACAUCGAUCGGAUUCGAGAGCAACUACACAUUGCUUUGGCCUUCUCGCCAAUUGGAGACUCCUUCAAGGAGCGUAUUCGGGUGUAUCCUUCGCUGAUCAAUUGCUGCACCAUCGAUUGGUACAUGCCUUGGCCGGAGGAAGCCCUGUCCCGCGUUGGAGUUUACUUUGUCAGCUCGAUGCACCUGAAUCGUCCACAUGGAGAGGAGCCACAGGAGCAGGUUCAGGCCAAGGAUCCUGCAGAUCCCGAUCAGGAGGAGGUGCGUCGCGAAACAGUUGACGGGGAUCGAGAAUUGUCCAAAUUAGAACUGGACCUCGUUGACUGCGUCAUGUACUUCCAUCAAUCCGUGGUGGAUGCCAGCGAAAAGUGCUACCUAGAAUUGAAUCGCAGGAAUUAUGUUACUCCCUCUGCCUAUUUGGAGUUACUCAAAGCCUUCCGAACCUUUUACACGCGAAAGCUGGAUGAGAUUACCAGACUGAGAGAUCGUUACACCACCGGUUUGGAGAAACUCGACUUUGCCGCCGGUCAGGUGGGUGAAAUGCAAACGAAUCUGUACGAUUUGCAGCCCAAGCUGAAGGUUCUUUCCGAGGAAACGGAUCGCAUCAUGGUGAACAUCGAACGAGAAACGGCGGAGGCUGAGAAAAAGAAGGAAGUGGUGGGUGCGGAUGAGGCGGCGGCCAAUGAGGCCGCAGCUGCUGCUCAGGCCAUCAAGGAUGAUUGCGAAACGGACUUGGCCGAGGCCAUUCCCGCCAUGGAGGCGGCCCUGGAAGCCCUCAACACCCUGAAACCAGCGGACAUAUUCAUAGUGAAGUCCAUGAAGAACCCACCUUAUGGAGUGAAGUUAACCAUGGAAGCUGUGUGCGUGAUUAGGGGCAUCAAGCCAGACCGAAAGCCGGAUCCCAGUGGCCACAUGGUGGAGGACUACUGGGGUCCCUCGAUGCGCAUGCUCAGCGACAUGAAGUUCCUGGACUCCCUAAAAACCUUCGACAAGGAUAACAUACCUCCCGCCAUCAUCAAGAGGAUCCGGGAGAAGUACAUUGCUGAUCGAGAUUUUGUGCCGGAGAAGAUCAAGGCGGCUUCGAUGGCCUGCGAGGGAAUCUGCCGAUGGGUUCGGGCAAUGGACGUGUACGACAAAGUGGCCCGGAUUGUGAUGCCCAAGAAGGCGGCGUUGGCCGAAGCUGAAGGGGAGCUCUCUCAGCAGAUGGAAAAGCUGAACGCCAAGCGGGCCGAACUGCAGGUGAUUCUGGACAAACUGCAAAAGCUCAACGACUUCUUUGCGGAAAAGUCGAGGGAAAAGAAGCGACUAGAGGACGAAAUCGACAACUGCGAGAAGAAGUUGAACCGAGCUGAAAAGCUGCUGGGCGGCUUGGGCGGCGAGAAGACGCGAUGGUCGGAGGCGGCCAAGAAUCUUCACGAAUCCAUUAGCAACAUUGUGGGCGAUGUCCUGCUCGCCGGCGGAUGCACCGCUUACCUGGGAUACUUCACCACGGAGUACCGCGUUAAUAUCCUGGAGGACUGGAACGCCUUGUGCAAGCGCAAACACAUUCCCAGUAGUGAGACCUUUUCGCUGGCCACCACUUUGGGCCAUCCAAUGACCAUUAGGGCUUGGUCUUUGGCCGGUUUGCCAGCGGAUAACUUUUCGGUGGAGAACGGCAUUAUAGUAACCAACUCCAGUCGUUAUUCAUUGCUCAUUGAUCCUCAGGUGCAAGCUAAUAAAUGGAUCAAAAACAUGGAGAAGAACAAUAAUCUUAAGGUGAUCAAACAAAGCGAUGCCAAUUAUAUGCAAGUUUUGGAGGUAGCCAUAACCUUUGGCCAACCCGUGCUCAUUGAGAAUGUGGGUGAAAAGCUGGACUCGAAUUUAACGCCCAUCCUGGAGAAGAACAUCAUCAAACACAAGGGCGGCGUGUUUAUCAAGAGCGGCGACCAAAUGAUAGAAUACAAUCCCAACUUUCGUCUUUACAUAACGACCUGUCUCCGCAAUCCGCGUUAUCCGCCGGAAGUGAUGGUCAUGGUAACAGUAUUAAAUUUCAUGAUAACGGAACAGGGAUUACGCGAACAAUUGCUGGCGAUUGUGGUGGCUCACGAGCGUCCCGAUUUGCAAGAGAAGAAGGAACAAUUGAUUAUUGAGUCCGCAAGGAAUCGUGAUGCAUUGUACACCAUCGAAUCGAAGAUAUUGGAGGUUCUCUCCACCUCUGAGGGCAAUGUGCUGGAGGACGAAAACGCCAUCAACAUCCUUUCCUCCAGUAAGAUCCUUUCGGAAGACAUUCAAGAAAAACAGGUGAUUGCGGUGGCCACUGAAAUCGAGAUCGAUGCCGCUCGGCAGCAAUAUAUUCCUGUCUCCAAGCAUUCGGCCAUCCUGUUCUUCUGCAUCAGCGAACUGGCAAAUGUGGAUCCCAUGUACCAGUACUCGUUAUCCUGGUUCCUCAAUCUCUUCGUAAAUACGAUCCUAAAAGCUCCGAAGUCCGACCAAUUAAGCGAACGUUUGAAAAACCUCAAUGACUACUUCACCAAGUCGAUAUAUACGAAUGUCUGUCGAUCUCUGUUUGAGAAGGACAAGCUGGUCAUUUCGCUGGUCAUGUGUCUGGGAAUCCUGGUUUCCCAGGGUCGAGUGGAGAAGGCUGCACUGCUCUUCUUCCUGACAGGAGGCAUUGGAUACAAGAGCAUUCCGCCGAAUCCCUUGACAGCCUGGCUGCCCGAUAAAUCAUGGGCAGUUAUUUGCAGAGCCUCGGAACUGGAAGGCCUGAAGAACCUGCCGCAGAUGAUGGAGGCGAACGCGGAUGCCUGGCACAACUUCUACGACGCGAGCAAUCCCGACCAGCUGCCGCUGCCGGCGCCGCACAACACGGUGAACGACAUGUACUUCCUGAUCGUCAUCAAGGCUCUCCGGCCGGACAAGGUGGUGCCGGCCGUUCGGUCUUUCAUUACGCGCAACCUGGACCGCUCGUUUGUGGAGCCGCCACCCUUCGAUUUGGCGGCCUCGUUCGCGGACAGCUCGCCGAAAAUUCCGCUGGUGUUCCUGCUCUCGGCCGGAUCGGAUCCCAUGGCCAGUCUCUUCAUGUUCGCCAAACAACGCAACAUGUACGACAAAUUGAAAACCAUCUCGCUGGGUCAGGGACAAGGACCGCGGGCGGAGAAGAUGAUUACCGAGGCGGCGCGGCACGGCCAGUGGGUGGUGCUGCAGAACUGCCACGUGGCCAUCAGCUGGAUGGGCGACCUGGAGAGGAUCUGCAACGACACCACCCUGACGGACGGCGCCAACCACGACUACCGCCUGUGGUGCACCUCGUAUCCCAGCGCCGUCUUUCCCGUCUCCGUGCUGCAGAACUCCGUGAAGAUGACGAACGAACCGCCCAAAGGACUGAGGGCCAACAUGCACCGCUCCUUCACCUCGGAUCCGCUGAUGCGGGACAAGUUCUUCACCAACGCGUUCCUCUUCUCGGACAGCGCCAACAAGUGCUGGCUGCGAGGAGUCUUCGCCCUGGUCUUCUUCCAUGCCGUUGUGCAGGAGCGGAGGGAGUUCGGACCCCUGGGAUGGAACAUCCCCUACGAGUUCAACGAGUCAGACUUGAAAAUUUCCCUUUUGCAGUUGAAGAUGUUUAUUAACCAAAGUCAGAGUAUUCCCUUCCGUGGACAUGUUUAUUUGACUGGAGAGUGUAACUAUGGCGGUCGAGUCACUGACGACAAGGAUCGUCGUCUGAUUUUAUCACUGCUGAACAUGAUAUACAAUCCAAAUACCAUCGAAGUGGAUAAUUAUAAUCUCUCUCAAUCUGGAAACUAUUUGGUGCCCUUGAGCCCAACGCGUUUGAACUCUAUAGAGUACGUUUCCAGUUUCCCACUGAGUCCACAUCCCGAGGUUUAUGGAUUGCACGAAAAUGCUGACAUCAAUCGCAAUGUCAAGGAAACCAAUGCGCUUAUUAGUGGCGUUCUGCUGACGCAGACCGACCUGAUGGCCUCGGUGAAGGCCAGUUCCUCGGGAGGAGCAAAGGAGGACCCGGCAAUUGCCAUUUGCAAGCAGGUGCUGAGCCAACUGCCCGAGGAGUUCGACAUCGAUGAGGUGUCGAAGACGUAUCCCGUGAUCUACACCAAUUCGAUGAACACCGUGCUGCGUCAGGAGCUGAUUCGCUUCAACCGGCUGCUCUCGUACAUCCGCAAGAGCCUGGUCAACGUGGGCAAGGCGGUGGUGGGCCAAAUCGCCAUGAUACCCGAGCUGGAGCGAACACACGCCUCGAUGGUCAUUGGCAAGCUGCCGGCGGACUGGCUGAAGAAAAGCUAUCCGUCGCUUAAGCCAUUGGGCAGCUACGUGAGCGACCUUUUGGCCCGGCUGGCCUUCUUCCAGGAUUGGAUAGACCACGGCGAACCGAUGGUCUACUGGAUAUCGGGCUUCUACUUCACGCAGUCCUUUAUAACCGGAGUGCUCCAGAAUUACUCCCGCAAGAAUCGCUUCCAAAUCGACAUGAUCUUGAUCGAGUUCGCGGUGACCAAGUUCGAGACGCAGGUCCCUGGAAAUCCCGACUUGGGCGCAUACAUCCGGGGCAUUUUUAUUGAGGGCGCUCGCUGGAAUCGCAAGACCAAGGAGGUGGACGAGUCCUUCUCCAAGAUCCUGUUCGAUACCCUGCCGGUAAUUUACCUGCGUCCCGUGCUGAAGGCUCUGGAGGAUUUGCCGCGGAACACUGGCGGCGCGGAACCUGAGACCGUCUACGACUGCCCCGUUUACAAGACGAGCGAGCGGAGAGGCGUCCUCUCCACCACCGGACACUCGACCAAUUUCGUGAUGUACCUGCAGCUGAGGUGCUCCCGGAAGCCGAUGCACUGGAUUAACCGGGGCACGGCCUGCCUGUGCCAACUGGACGACUGAGGGGCACUGGGACUUGGAGGGGGAGUGACCGAGGGCCAGGUGGCGAUCCAGAAACUGUGCCCAUUUGUGUUCUUUUUUUUUGGCGGCACAAAGGGCCGCCUGUCGUCCCAUCUAUAUGCAGAUAUAUAUUUUGAUUUUGUUCCGUUUGAUUCCCCAUCCCAGAAGCCCCAGGAGCGCAAUGUCUUGUUUGUUUUUUGGGCCCCCGCUCUCCGCAUUCACCGGUCGGAUCUGGGCCGCCGGCCAUGUGGCAAGAUUGAGGGGGCAUUCGAGGGGGCAGUGGCAUUUUGAUGAUGAUGAUGCUGAUUGCCAGAUACAAAUUAAAUAUGCACAGUACUAUACAGCCAGGCUGGAUAUAUAUUUUUUAUGUGCGCCAUUUACAAAUGAAUAAACGAAAGAAUAAAGCCCCCAA